UGAUAAAGGGAAGUCCACAGAACAUUUCACUGACCCAGAGUUGAACUGUUUUCGCACUGAGGAACCUAAAACCCAGAGUUGAUCUAAUGUCACAGAUUUUCUACAGAGUUGACGUUAAAUCCAGUUUUCAGAUCAAGUAGAAAAGAGGAUUAAGAAAAUAACAACUAACAUCACACACAGUGGACAAACAGUGGGCAGGUCUGGAACCAGAAGAACCUGCAAAAAAGGAGAAGGAGGAGAGAGGACAGGGAGGAGAAAGCACAAGGCAGAAAAGACAAUACGUGGACUCUUUAAAGCUGAAGUUAAAGCUGAACCAUGGCAGACAAACAGCUUCAAAAGGUGAGGACUAAGUUUGUGGACAAAGUGUCCCAAACAGUUAUUAGUCAACUCCUGGAUGGCCUUUUGGAAGAUUUUGUCUUAAACGAUGGAGAGAGAGAGGCAAUAGUUGAGGGGAACUCCAUCCGGGCUGAUCAGGCUCGUAGCCUCAUCGACACAGUGAAAAACAAAGGAGACUGCGCCAGCAGGAGGAUGAUCACACACCUUAAGAGCAGAGACCCACAUUUUUUUGUCACUCUGGGUUUGACGCUUCAGGAUCCUGCUGAGCCCAAGGAGCAGAGCUGGUCAGACACUCUCCAAACAACCACUCAUACAUUUUGGAUAGAGAAGCAGAAUGAUCCAGAUAAUUACCCUGUGACAAAAGAAUCCAUUGGGAACCGCAUAGCUCUGCUAAUAACCAAUAUAGACUUUAAGGAUCAGAGAAUUGAGGAUAGAGAAGGAGCAAAGAAAGAUGUGGAAAACAUGGAACGCCUGCUCUCAAGUCUGGGAUAUGAGGUGGUGAAACACACAAACCUCACUGGAAAGGAGAUCGAUAGUGCUCUGAUGUCGUUUAGUCAACACUCUAAACUUGCCCACACAGACAGUGUGUUCGUUGUCAUCAUGUCACAUGGGAAACUGGGAGCUGUUCUUGGUGUUGACUACACUGAGGAAAAACCAGAUGAAUUCCUCAUCAACAACAUUUAUCAACACUUGGGCACCCAGAACUGCCCAUCACUGGUGAACAAACCUAAAGUCAUCAUCAUCCAAGCCUGCAGAGGAGUGGGAACAGGAUCCGUGUAUUUGUGUAAUGAUGGAAAUGCAGGUGUAACCAGUGAUGGUGUUCCACAGUCGAGUCAGCAACUGUCUGCUGACGGAGGCAGCAUAGAGGAUGAUGGUUGGCAAAUCAAACACAAUGAAAGAGACUUCACUUCCCUUCUCUCAUGCACCCCAGAUAAUCAAUCAUACAGAUGCCCAAUUGAAGGUUCUAUAAUGAUCCAGUCCACUGUUAAGGUUUUCAACACUUUUGCAUACAAGAAACACAUCGAGGAACUUUUCACGUUGAUUAUACGUGACGUUGCAAAAUUUUCUGAUGGAAACACAAUGCAAAUACCAACAAAAGAUAGACAUACCCUGUUGAAGAAUUUCUACCUUUAUCCAGGCAUCUGAAACUUGACUCAGUGGUGCUUUUACACACAAUUUUUUACCCUCUUUCAAACUGUGUAUCCAAUGUUUUAUGAAGGCCAAAAAUUAAUAGAUAAAUCUCAGCAUUUAUUUAUACACACACAUGUAUUCCUACAUGGCUCUCUAUCUAUGUGGAUGAAGAUGUAAUAAGAUGUAAAUUUGUGGAAUUAUUGGUUUUUGCUCAUCAUUACUGAAAUUAUUGACUAAUGACUAUCAGAUUAAGGUCCAUUUCAGAGCUGUAUAAAGCAGCAUGUAAUGUUUGUAUUACCUCUAACAUACAGAGUUUGACCAUUAUUGCAGCUGAAAUGACUUGUUUGGCUGCACAGGCCCACACAGAAAACAUAUCCUGCCAUUGAUGUCACACUAUUCAUGUGAUGGACAGUAAGUAGUGAUAUACCGAGAGCUUAACUCAUCAACAAAACCAGCAGAGAAACAUUGAUCUAACUGUGACUGAUGGAAAAUUGAAUUAUCUGUGUGUGUUCUUACUAAAUAUGAGAAGUUACGCUCAUUGUUUAUCCAGCCUCGUACUAGUAGGUUCUAGGAGUGAAACAGUGAUCAACCAGCAUAUGCAUUUGUAAGCAUGCAAACAAGUUAUAAAUAAAGGAACCAAAUGCUAUUUUAAUUUAAUUUAAUUUUUUUUUUUUUUGUAUUUUAUACAUAUUUUUUUACAGUCAUGUUAAAAAUGGAUAAUAAUCUCAUCUAACAUUUACAUUAGGAAUAAUUUGCAAAGGAAAUAGAUUUUUUGUGCAGCCUUAUGCUGAUAGGAGGAUACAUGAUAGACUGUUGUGUGGAGAAGGAGUGGGAUUAAAUAAAUUACACUUCCUCCCACCCUUUUUCAAAUAUGCUAAUGAAGUCUUUUUUUCAUUUAUGUGUAUAAGUUUUCAUGCUUUCUUGAAAUCUGUUUAAUUUCUAGGCAGUAAGGUAGGAUUAUUUUGUAUGUUUUGUUGCAUAUUCAAAAUAAACUGAACUCAACUAAACAUU